CUUCACCUGUAGUUCAUGCCAGCACGGAGAGGGAGAGGGAAGAAUGCGCUUUACACGGUGGAGAAUGAUGUGGGUUCUGGUACUACUGGUGGUGGGAAUGUCUCCAGGUCUGUGUAUAGAUAUCAGCAUGUAUCCCAAUGCUUAUGGUGUGGUUGGAGAAUCCAUUAAGCUGAAGUGCAGCUUCACCUCCUCAUACCCAAUUUCUGAUAUAGUUGCCGUGGACUGGACCUAUCGCCAGCCAAGUGGAGGUCCCACUGUAAUGAUAUUACACUUCCUUAACAAACCGUACCCCAGUGUGGUAGGUCCUUUCAAGGAUCGGAUCAGUUGGGAGGGAGAUGUAAAAAGGGGAGAUGCCUCUAUUUCACUGACAGAUUUAAGACUCACAGACAAUGGAACAUUGUCAUGUAUUGUGCGGAACCCACCUGAUGUUCAUGGAAGUGUUCCACAAACCAAGCUUACUGUCACCAAAGAGACUCUCUACUUCAAGUUCAGCACAGUUAGCCUGCUUUCAGCUCUAGUUUUCAUCCCCUCAGCCUUAGUAUCUCUGCUGCUCCUAGUCAGGAUGAGAAGAUCAAUCAGUAGGGGUAGGACAAAGAACCUGAAAUGGAGGAAGAAGUCGCCUAUUGAAGAGUCACAAGAUUGUGUUUAUGAUGAUAAUGAAAGUACCCCACUGCAGCACACAUCAUCCCCGGAGCAGUCCCCUGGAUGCUUGAUGCGAUUUUGCCUUCGAUGCAUUGAUGAUUCUGAUGAAGAGUAAAACGGAGAAGGGAAAGGAUCCGAUUGAGGAAAGCUCUGUCAGUUUGCGGGCAAAUGGAGAACAGCAGCAGAUGCUAAAUGCUGGAGUUCAGACUUUUCAUAAGGGUUUAUCUGAAAGUUUUAUUUGGUUCAGACAAAAUGUGGAAGAGACUACUAAUGUAUCCUGACUCUCUAAUUGUCUAGGCUCUUUCAAAAGCAAUUAACAUAUAGUCAAUACCAAGCCAUUUGUUCUGGUAGAAACACUGUCCAGUGCUGCCCAAUCUGCAUGAUUUGUAUUUCUGUGAUUCUACAGAUGACAAGCACUCUGCUUUAAAAAGAAGUGCCCCUUGCUUAUUUCUAUUAAGGUGCAUAACAGUUGAAGAGCUGUGGAUAAUAAGGAAAGAUGUGGGCAGCCAGUCUGAAGUAAUGGAAGUUUAGGCAGAAAUACAACUGCUGAGUUAGAGUUUAUGUAUAGAUCUAUAUUGAGUUUCCUCUUGGUUUUGGUGAAUGCCAAAAUCAAGAGCAAAAUCAAUAUCUAACAACUUUUUUAUGUUAUCUGUAUUAUACCGUUAAGAUUUUUUUGCACAUAAUUAAGCAUUUUUAUAGUAAGUAUGGAGCAUGCACAUUUUUAGCAUAUUUCUGUUCUUUAAUUCAUUGUAUCACCUCAGACUUUGACCAAAGAUAAUUCAAAGCUUUCUGUCAGGAAAACAUUAAAAUCAUUCCUGUUUUGGAGCUACUCUUAGAACAUAAAAGCAGACAGAGUAAGAUCUAAUGGCCAUGCACCUCUGUGUGCAUAUUCUGCUACUGCACUGCAUUAAAUUUUAUUUUUUUUAGUUUUAUUUCUGGAAAAGUUUUAAAUUUUGUAUUGCCAUUAUGUGGCAAGGCUAUACAGUAUUGCUGUUUCUAUCACAUUGCUGGCAGGUUCGGCUAGUGGUAGAAACAUUUUGGAAGUUGAAGCCCACUCUCUGCAUUAUUUAUAAAAUCCAUUGUUGCUAUGCAAUAGCUGACUCAAACAGUAUUUGAUAUGAGAAUAUAUUCAUGCUGAUACAACAUAUAUUGUAAUCUAGUGCUACAUGAGUAAAUAGAGCUUGGUGUUCCAAGGAAUCUAUCUCCUGCUAUGUGAUGCUCUGUAGCACCUCUGUUUUCUAUUCAUGCAGUAUCAGAUAUUGUUUAUAUGAUAUGGCUAACUUAACACUUUUUAUGCCACAGAAACCAGCAUAAUCUCUAAAAAAAAAAAAAAA